CUACAUUUAUAAAUAAUACUUCUGAUUUUAGUGACAGUUAUUGACUUUCAUUAAUUCUCGCAUCAUUAAUUAGCGAAAACAGGAAUGAUUUCAUCGCUCCUUAUUAUUCUCUAAGGAAAUAUUCAUCAAUUAUUGGCUAUCAAAUUUCGCGUUUUCUGCAAAAAUUGUCUUAUUUGCAGAUUUUAUUCAGUCACUGGAUUAUAACAUGGCAGAAGCUGAAAAAUCUAAAUUUCGAACUCUGGUUUCAAAGCGACCCCGCAGUUUUCUUGUCAAGUUUGGAUCUUCUAUUAACAAAAAACUAUCGAAAGACACAGAAACAAAUGAAGAUGAACAAUUGCCAAACAACAAUUUGAAACUCGACGUUUUUAACGCCGUUCAAGAUGAAUUAGUUCACAAAACUGAUUUAAUCAACGAUGGUUCCAAAAACGGUUCAGCCAGUUUUGACGUACAAAGCACUAGUAAGUCCAAGAAAAACAAUUUCAAGUUCAGUUUUUUCAAAUCUGCUUUCAAUAUUAGAAAAACGAAAGAAACUUCUGAUUCGGGUUAUUCAUCAUCAACUUUACCUGUCAAAAUAAGGCACAAAACAGGUGUAGAUUAUGGAGUCCAAACUAUUUCUGUCGGCACAUCGCCCGUUAGAAUUCCCAAUUCGCCUAAAAGUCUAGCCAAAAAAAGACUCAGCUCUUCUGAAGGUCAAUUGAGCGAAGAAUUCUUUACCGAAUACCCGGAAAUAAUUGAAACAUGCGAAGACGAUGUUGAGAACGAUGAUGACUUCAAACCCAAUCUCGGUAAAGUUUCGGCUAGUUACACUCCAAAAGUGAUUAUAAGCGGAAAAACUUUUUUAGAAUCAAGUGAGACCCCACAUUUAGACGAAAAGAAUCGAAAGCAGUCUAACGGAAGCGAGGCAAAAAAAUUGGAUGAAAAACAGGAUAGAAAUUUAGGGAAAAUUGAAAACCUCGAAAAAAGAAAAUGUGACGAAAUUCUGUUAAAGACAGCUCAGGAACAAACCAAAGAACUUCUGGAUUAUGCCGCAGAAAUUAAGUACAGCAAAAACCAUCCUGACAUCAAGAGGAUUGACUCUCCUUGGGGAUAUCUGCCAUGCAUGAAGAGCGAGACUCUUUCGGACAUCGAAUCAGUUCCGACGGACUCCGAACGUCCGAACUGCAAAAAGAUUUCGACUUCACGUGAAAAUAAUACAUCUCGUAGAAAAACAACAAACACUGCUGUUUGUCGAGAGCAAUCGCCUCUAGCUAAUACAGCGAACGAUAAUGUCGGCAAUUCUUCAUCGGAUCCGAAGAAAGUACCCCCAGGAACUCCUGGGUUCGGGUCCCGACUCAGCCCAACCACGCGUCGCAAAUCAUUUCGAAACAGUAAAAAAUGGCGAAAAGUUCAGCAAAGUGAGAGUAAUUCUCUUGAAAACGAAAAGAAUGUAGCUUUGAAUUAUCUGUCGCAGAACAAUGCAGCUUCUGGAUCUCAGCAUCAGCCAAAAUCAACAACUACCAUGGCUUCGUUGUUUGUUCGGCCGGUCGAAAAACCCGACGAUUCGAACGAUUUGACAGUCGAAAGCUGUUGGAAUCAACGAAGCGCGUCUGCGAGACAGAAAAAACGAUCGUCGGCAAGCCCGAAUUCGUCUAAUUUGAGCUCGGGUCGAAAUUCGAUAUGGAACAGCCAAUCAGAUAAAUUGAUGUCAUUAGCGCCUCCGCCGAUGCAGUAUAAUAGAGGCGGCGGGUCGUUCCGAAGAGGCUCGUCGAUUCGGGGACGUCGAAAAGAUUACGGGAGUGACCCGAAUAGUCGCUAUUCGUCUCGGCAAAACUCAACGACUCAGUGUAGUUUCGACCAUAACAGCUUCGAAGAUCCCGAAACGGGAAGAGGGAGAGCCACCGUAUUCGAAAAGUGGACGAGUGACUUGAAAAAAGCAUUCGUGCGUGGAAAACCGACAAUAGACUCGACCACCGCUAACUCACAGAUUAGCCAAGACAGUUCAAGUUCGAUGAAGGCUUUUCAGAGAUACAUUUUAAAGGCGACUUCACUGUCAGGUAUCGACAAUGCCGACUUAAGGCGAGUGUCUGAUCUAUCUACAAGUCGCCAUUUAAGUCCCGAAAUGUUCACUAGCCGAGAAGGAUUUCCGAAAGGACCCAUAGGCAAAACCCGAACUAGUGUCACUGGCUGCGCCGAGCUAAUCACGCAACCCGAACCGAGAUGCUCGGUUUCGUCGGCAAUCGUCGAUACGAGCACUGCUCUGAACGUAAACUUUCAAGUGCCAAAUCUGCAGCACGUAAAUUCGACUGCUUCUGUCGACGGUUUGUUAAGGCGAACGGAGUCAGGAAAGUGGGUUCGAAGGAAAAGCUCUUCAAGAAAUCCAACCCCCAAGGACACUGUAGCGCAUAUUUUGAGGACGAUGCUGGAGACAGAGAGAAGCUACGUGGCGUCAUUGGAGUACCUCACAGAGAAGUUUCUGCAACCCCUGUUUGACAAGCCAGACACGUGUGAGGAGUACUUGGUUCGAUUCAUGAUCUACAAGGUGCCAGAUAUCCUAAAGGCCCACCAGACAUUCCUGUUGAAGUUGGAGACUACUGUCCAGCUGUGGUCUCCCAGAUCUAGAAUUGGACCACUGCUUCUCGAAACAUUUUCAGAUCCUGAGUUAUGUGAGACAUAUGCUCGCUUUGUGAACCACUUUAGACGAGCUGUGGAAGCUAAAUUGAUUGCCAGGGACAAAUCUUCUUUCGUCAAAUAUGAAGAGUUGCUACUAAGGAAACAUGACGCGAAGUUGUCUCUGGAUGACUUGAUGAUCAAACCGGUCCAGAGGAUCCCAAGAUACUCACUUCUGGUCAAGGAUAUUCUGCAACACAUGGACAAGAUGCACCCUGACUACGAGGUGUUAUCUGAGGCUGAAAACGUGCUGAGGAGUCUAGCCUCCACCAUCAACCAGCCGAUCCAAGACUCUCGGUCGCUUCUCGGUGGCAACAAACUCCCAUCCGGAGUCCCUUCGUGUACGCCAGUGAGUGGUGACCAGCAGCAGAAUAGCGGUGUAGUCAGAUGUCCAGGGGUGUCCAGUGACUCCUCUCUUCUGGAGGAGUUGGUCCAGAUUGUAGAGGGACUGUCGCUCUACUUCUCGGACUGUGAGGGUAGACAUCUCAUACGACAGGACUGCGUCGUCGAAAUCACGAACCGAUUCCAGUCGAAGUUAUUCAGCAAGCGUGAGAGGGUGCUGCUAUUGUGCAAUGACAUGAUAUUCGGACUGGCCGCCAAGCCCAGACGUCAACACUCAUCGUCCUCGGCGGCCGCAGCUGCACGCAAAGCCUCCAGUAAUUGCAGCAUCAGCGGCCUCGAUCCCUUCUCAUUCUACAAAAUCAAAUGGUGCUAUUACAUCAAAAACCUCACCCUAGCCGAGCCCCCCAGUAACCAAACCCCCCAGAACCCAACAAGCAACAACACAACGACCACAGCAACAGCCAACACUCCCAACAACAAUAACAAUGCCCAGAAAAACAGCGAAAACAUUCAUGCAAGUUACAAUUCGAAGCCGAAAAGUAACUCACUGCAAUUUUCUGGGAUGGGAGAGAAAAAGACGGAGUUUUCUGCAGCUCUUAAGAGGAGUAACACGAUUCAGUCCAAAAUGGACAGUGUUACUUUUUUGAACCACUGUAGGGCGGCGGCGCCUAGAUUAGAGCAGGAUGCACGGAAGUUGAAUGAGAUCAUAUCCAUGGCAGAUGGAUUGUUCUUCAAAAAUUACGGUCUGUUGGAACAUGCUCGCUCUGCCCUUCAGAAGGUGGAUGACCAGCUGAGUGAACUGCAGAUGGUUGAGACUCUGGACCUCACCACAAACUACAUCGACCUGCAGAUCAUCCAAGACACUGAAGGCUCAACUGAAGAGACAAAUCUGACCUUGAUGUUUCAAUCGAAGGAAAUCCGUGCGAUAUGGGUGAAGAAAUUCAAAGAACUCAAACCAGAUGAACGCAGCAAACUAUUUCCGAUUCCAAAGUUGCAAUUCUCUAUCCCAAUUCCGUGCAAAAGCUCUCAAUUUUCAAAACAAUACUCAACUUUCAACCCGAAUAAAAACACAGCACUUUCAUCGUCACAGGCAGGAAAACUGAAAAUAGUGUCUUUUUUCAAAAUUGGAGAUGAAGUUUUGAUACUUCAAAGUGACAGCAUAUCUUCUCAAAUUUGGUCAUUAGGAAACGCAAAUUGUUCAGAAGACGCUGAAAAAGAUGCAUGUGAACACAUUUUGAACUUGGAUUUUCCGGUCACGUGUGCCGUGGCGAUUAGUCCGCAGUUUGGGACCGAUAUCUAUGACGAUCAAAGUAGCGAGGCAACGAGAAACUCGGUAGUUGCUUGCUCGCCAGUUAACCAGGGCGUCCAGAGCUAUACGUCGUUUUCGAAAAUCAGACGUGACUCAUCGGUUGAAAAAAUGAAACCAUGCGUUGUUACUGCAACCUCACUGGCUGUGUCUCAGCCAAUCAAAUCGUCUUGUUGUCUGGCUCCCAACCCAGUGAUCUCAGUUGAGUUUCGACUCGGACGAGGACCAGUCCACUGAUCGGAAGGACGAGUUCGGAACAAGUUUCGACAGUUGCAAUCGAGGCGGAGGAACUGUGAACGAGUCUUUAGACAGUACAAGGAACAGUCAAAGCCAAGAUUGUCAAAAAGAAUCUGGUAGGGAGACAUCAGAAUCGUGGAAAUCGGCUAGAAGCACAGUCGAAAACAUGCACAUGGACAGCGCCUCAGAUAUCGACAGUAGUUUCCAGAGUAAUGCCAGUGGACAAUCGCAUACCUACUCGGACAAGUACUUCUCCUUCAAUCCCAACAGAGCCUCCUUCCCCCCUCUGGAACAGGAAACGUCUUCCAGCUUAGAAGA